AUGGCUUCCGACGGCGGAUUUCUAAACCAUGCACUUGACGAAGAUGGUAGUGAGAUGACUAGGAACGAAACAGUGGUGAAUCCAAACAGUGAAAUUACGUUUCGACCGUCUCGGCGCGCAUCGCGGACUGAGAAUAAGCGAACGCAUCCGUCGUAUUUUUGUCCAGCUUGCAACGCCCAAUGCAAAGCAACCGUAUUUCGGCGUCACACUCAAAAAUGUUGUCCGGAUAUCGAAAGCGCCGUAGGGAAAGAAGCGUGGAUGACCGAGGAUAUGGAUUUAAUCAUGGUAAAAGCACAGAAGCACGCGAACGAAAUGCUCGAGGAAAUGAAACGCUUGGCUUUCACCGAUGGCGCUCGAAUGUCGCAUGCUGAAGUUGCGCAAACUUUGAACGUCACCGAACUUCGAGUCAAGAACGCGCUCAGGUUACAUUCAAAAUCCAUACCCCUCAAUAACGAUACGACUCCAGUUGAAGUUAUAUUUGAAAACGAAGAUAUAUUAGUCGUCAAUAAGCCGCCGUAUUUACGAACGCAUCCAAUCCAUCGACACACUGGAACGAGCUUAAUCAACAGAUGUAUUUCGCACCUCGGCGGGAAAGAGUGUUACAUCGUGCACCGAUUGGAUAUGGACACUUCUGGUGUCAUUCUGUUUGUAAAGAAUCCGUUAUUAACGAGAGGUUUUGCGGAGCAGUUCAUGACACGCGAGGCAAAGAAAACAUACCUCGCACUGUGUGUUGGGGUUCUGCCUCUGGGGAAAGAAGAAGUGCAAGCUUUUGAAGUAAACGCGCCGAUUUCAAGUUGCAAUAAGUGUAAAGAGGGGCGGGCAGUUUCAUUUGCAACAGAUGACCUUGAGGCCAAAGAGUCGAGGACGACGUUCGAUUUCUUUUCUUGGAAAAAAGACGAUGAACUAGCGAUAGAUAGCUUACCCACGGAGCGUGCGCGUGGGGUAUCGAUUUUGCUCGAGGGCACAGAAAAUACGAACGUUGAGAAAAAAAACGAAAGCGGCUCGUGGAAUCCCAUUUCUGUAGCAGCGCUCGUGUUGGCAUCUCCAAAAACAGGUCGCACACAUCAGAUACGCGUUCAUUUAGCACACGCCGGUUUACCAAUUCUUGGCGACAUGCUCUACGGUCCACACGCGCGGUGGGUCGUUCCACGCUGCGACGCGUGGUCGGACGAUUCCACCUCCAAGCCGCGAUACAAAUGGUCAGCGGAUAAACCGAAGGGCAAAUGGGCGAAAGAUGGCUUAGAUUUAGAUAGGCAAGCGUUACACGCGUAUCGAUUAGAAGUUACGCAUCCUUUGACGAAUGAACGGCUGAGUUUUGAAGCGCCUCUACCCGAUGAUAUGAAGAAAGCGUUAGAUGUAUUAGGAAUAGACUAUUAG